GCAGUGAACAUGUAUCUGUCAGCAGUGUCGGGGCCGGAGCGGGGCCCAGCCUGAGGCGCAGCCGGCGUGGUGAUGGUGUUGAACUCAGGUGACGUCUUCAUGGAUCAGGUCGAGGGUCAACGUGUCGGGAGGAACGGGGACCUGUUGGAGCCAGAUGUCAGAGCAGGUCCACCAAAAACCACCAUCGGCUCUGCCACAGCACCCAGAUCGUCGGCCAAGAGUAGCAAUGUUGCGAAGAAGGAGAAGGUGUCCCACAACGGACUCCCAGCCCAGUCCACCAGCACCCCGGUCGAGAGGAGGUCAUCAUCAUCAUUAAAAGGUGGGGCCGAGCCCAGACCCCCGCUCCGCCGUCCCCUCAGCCUGGAUAUGACGCCCCAGCGCCUGCGAGGGUCUCAGGAGCAGAUUGCGUCCAGGCGGAUAUUGCAGCCUCCUUGGCGCAGCGGAUCUGCCGCCCCCUCCCCCCCGGCACGCAGCCUGACCAGCCCCAGUCUGGGUGCAGGUGGCUGGAUGCGGCGCAGUGAAAGCACCUGCUCAGUCAACUACUCCCUGGGGAACCGGGCAAGCAAGGGGCAAAUGCGACCUGCCACCUCACUGCCCCACAUAGCUAAACGGGUGGGGGGCACGACGCUACCUACGUUCUCCAGGCCGUGUUUGCUCAUUGCACUCAGACCUCUGAACUUGGAGCAGGAGAAGCUGGCGUUCUUUCAGUCCGACUACAAGCACGAGCCUCAGUUUGAGUAUACCCAGCCUGAGCCGAGGAGCAUGCUGGAGAAGUACCAGGACGGCUCGGGCCUCUUCCUCCAACAGGCCGUUGGAAUCAUGGAGUGCGUCCUGAGGAAGUUUGGCUCCUAUGAGAACUUUGAGGAGGUGACGGGUGGUAACGUGCUUCCUAAGAGUCAGGUCUGGGCUGCUGUCCGUAAAUACCUGCAGAAAGAAGGCUGUGUGGGAGAGGUGGUCGUACGUUUGUCUGAUGAGCUGCUGUCUCAGGCGGUGAUGGUGGUGGAGAGCUGUCGUCCCACUCUGACCAUUAACCUGGCGAGGGCUCGGCAGCACUGGCUGGAGGGGAUGCUGCGACAUGAGAUAGGUGAGAGAACGUUUGUGUUCCUCCUCCAGAGAAGAUACAGAGAACUGAGGAGGGUCGGGUUUCUCUAGAACUUCUUGAGGUCUCGACCGGUCUCUGCACUGCUCGUUAAUGAGAUCAUCAUCUAGCUGCACAAUCCUCGUAGGUAUUGGUUUUUUCAGCACAAUGUAUUUGUACAUGUUGGUUUGGAGCAAACAGAUGAUCCAGCUGUGGAGCCUGAAGCUGUGAUGUCAGAGUCCUAUCUUAAUAAUUCCUCAGCUCCUAACCUGGAAGGUAGAACGACACAAGACACUGACACGAGGCGUUCGGGGGAAG